UUUGGCCUCUUUCCUUCAGACGCAUAUCGAAGCUAAAGCCCGUCUGGAAACAGUUUGCAAGGGGUCGUUAAAUAAGAUUAAGCCGGUAACAAAAUAUCGUUUUUAGCUACAUUAAGUUUACCUUUCAAGGCUCCAGUUUUGAUUACUGAGCAUACAAAUCUUCAAUUUAGACCAUGGUGACAAAAUAAAAAGUGUACACGGACGUUUUCGAGGAGAUUUUAAGCGUUCUCUGUCGGUUGUUGGUGUUCAGGAAUUAGCAAGCUAGUUAGCACUAGCCUAGAAAUACUAGCCAGCCUAGCUUGCUAACGUUAGCUUCCAAUAGUCUGAUUAUCAACUGAGAUGUUUGCAGCAUUUAUCGAAUGUCUACGGACGGCAGAUUGCUGAACCAGAGGGCCUCAAAUGGGAAAAACAAGCAUCGGACAGGAAUAUCUGGGAUAAGCUUGUCGACGUAACUCAGAUUCUGUUGAAGGGGACACGGAAACCGUGCACGGGCGGAUCAGGAAUCCGUAAGACAAAUGCCUGACCUCUGAAAUUGAGGGUCCAUUUCAGGCGAACUUGUACACGACAGGAACGGUGAUGAGAUCCAACCUACAUUGAGUUCUCUGCUGCAUGAAUAAGGAUUCGUUGGACUUCUCAACUGCAGCCCUUUUUUAAAGCAGGAUUUUAACGUCACCCAUCCGCGGACAGCCAUGGAAUCGUUUCAAUGCACCCCUUGUCCUGUGAGCGCCCAGGCUGUCGUGGAUCCCGUGCCCCUGCUGUUCAACUGACGGUCGAUGACGAUGCGAUGGAAGCGUGAAUGAGGUUUUGCGUGGCGAUAGCUGAACGAUGCCCAAGGGUGGGGGUUCAAAAACCCCCCAGCUGGAAGACUUCCCACUCAACACUGACAUGGUGGAGAAGCAGGGUGGGAAGAAGGAUAAAGUAUUGUCAAACAAGACUCCUAAAUUGGACCGCAGCGAUGGCGUCAAAGAGAUGAAAGAGAAGGCAUCCAAGAGGAAGCUUCCCUUCACUGUUGGAGCCAAUGGAGACCAGAAAGAUUCUGACUCAGAAAAGCAAGGUCCGGAACGGAAGCGCAUUAAAAAGGAACCCACCAACACCAGGAAGUCAGGCCUGCCGUUUGGGAUGGGCAUGCCAGGGAUCCGGGCCGGGUACCCCCUCUCUGAGCGGCAGCAGGUGGCUCUUCUCAUGCAGAUGACGGCUGAAGAGUCAGUCAACAGUCCAGACACAACACCAAAGCAUCAGUCGCAGUCAAGUCUGGGCCAGAAGGGAACGCCAAACUCUGCAUCUAAAACCAAAGACAAAGUAAAUAAGAGAAAUGAGAGGGGCGAGACGAGGCUGCACCGGUCAGCCAUCCGUGGAGAGGCACGCCGCAUCAAGGAGCUCAUCAGUGAGGGAGCGGACGUGAAUGUAAAAGACUUCGCAGGCUGGACUGCACUGCAUGAAGCGUGCAACCGAGGCUACUACGACGUGGCCAAGCAGCUGCUGGCAGCCGGUGCAGAGGUCAACACCAAGGGCCUGGAUGACGACACCCCUCUGCAUGACGCAUCAAACAACGGGCACUUCAAGGUGGUAAAGUUGCUUUUAAGGUAUGGAGGGGACCCUCGACAAAGCAACAGAAGGGGUGAAACCGCGUUGAAGGUUGCUAACUCCCCAACGAUGCUCAAUCUGUUGCUUGGAAAAGGCACGUAUACUUCCAGUGAGGAGAGCUCGUCAGAAUCUUCAGAGGAAGAAGAUGCCCCAUCGUUUGCCCCAUCCAGUUCAGUGGAUGGAAAUAACACAGACUCAGAGUUUGAGAAGGGCCUGAAGCUGAAAGGGAAGAAAGGGCUGGAACAGCCCCUAUCCACAACAACUACCCCCGUCAAGGACGAGUAUGAGUUUGACGAGGAUGAUGAGGAAGAGCGCGUCCCUCCGGUGGACGACAAGCACUUGCUCAAGAAAGAGUUCCGCAAGGAGUCUCCCAGUGUCACCAAGGCUGGCGGCUUAAUUUCAGUACCGAAGGGGGAGGUGGUCAAAACCUAUUCCAAAAGCAACUCGCUCACACCAAAGAAGGCUGUUAGACGGAUUCUCUCUGACAGCUCAGACGAGGAUGAUGGAACGUUGUGUUUCACACCUAUGCCCACACCACGACAACCAGCGCCACCUACUAAUACCAAGGCCCGGGACUUUGCUACACUGAGCUCUAAGCAACAGAAAGAGAAGACUAAAGUUAAGAAGAAGAGGAAGAAGGAGACAAAAAAUGUCAGUAAGGAGGUCAGAUUUGGUAAAGUCAAUGACAAAUUCUGCACUUCUGACUCUGAUUGUGGGGACAUAGGGAGUGAGGAUGAUGAAGGCUCUAUGAAGAACUCGAACUGUAUAAAGGACUCCACAAUGAGCCUAAAAGAAUCCUCAGAGUUCAGUACUCACUCUGCAUCCUCUUCUUCCUCUUCUCAUGGAAGCAUGAGCUCUCAGAAACUGACACCCUCGCUAACAGAGCAUAACCCAAAGCAGUGGAGGACAGACGGCUGGAAGACUGUGUCAUCACCUGUAUGGUCAGAUGUAAGCUCUCUCUCUGACUCGGUUAGAACAAGGCUUUCCAGUGAGUCGGACUACUCCUCUGCCGACUCGAGUGUUGAGUCAGUGAAACAGGUGAGAAAGAAAGCACAGGAAAACAGAAAGAAAAACAAUGUGCACACCAAUGCACUAGACAAAAAGAACUCUGACUUUCACAAGAACUCCAACACAGACAGUACUGUCUCCAAAACGGAUAAAGAUGGCAAAGUGUUGAAAAAGCAUAAAGUCAAACACAAGCACAAAAACAAAGCGAAAGAAAAGGCUCCCAGUUUAGUGCUCAAUCAAGACAUGAACGAGAAAUUUGUUAAAAGCUUCUCCUUUGAUUUUGAUGAUUCAAGGCAGAAGUCACUCCUUGUUGAGACUGAGUCCCCAGCUGAAAGCAAGGUCAAGCUCUCUAAACAUGAAAAAGAGCAUUUGAAAAAGGAGGACAGGUUGUCGAAGGGCAAAUCUGAGGACAGAGACUGGUCUUCUGGAAAAGAGGUGCAAAGAACUGCUAAGGAGGAGAAAUCCAAGAAAACAAAAGAGUCCACCAAGGAGAAACCUAGCAAGGAGGAGAGGGAAAAGCCCUUGAAAGCUGAAAAAGAAAAGAGCCUCAAGGAAAAAGAGAAGUCCAAGGAGGAGAAACAACAAAAGACUCAAAAGGAGGAGAAGAAGAAAAAGUCAAAGGACAAGUCAUCUAAACCAGACAGGAAGAGCAGUGAGCAAAAAGAAGAAAAACAUAUUAAGGUGGAUAAGGAGAAAAGGGAGGAGAAGGAAAAAUCUAAGAAAGAAAAGGUUCUGAAGGAAGAGCCUGAUUAUGAAGUCUAUGAUGUCAGUAACCGUUUCUUAAACCUAGAAGACACCAAGCUCAGUGCCUCAGACGACCACCAUGACCGAUGGGCGUCAGACCUUUCCUCUGACUGCGACCUAUAUGGAGAUGACAGCUGGGAUGCUCCUCCUGUGAAGGACUACAAAGAAUAUAAAGCAAGCAACACUGUAAAGCUGAUCGUUGAGACUGAAAAAAUAGAGAGCAGAGACCGGAGGAAGGAGAACAAAAUCAAAGACAAGAAAUUAGAUCAUAAUGACAAACGGUCAGAGAAAGAGCCUACCUCCAAGAAGAAAGAGAAAGACUCUUCAGAAAAAAUCUGUGACAAGAAAAAGGAUUUGACCGAAAAACAGAAACUCAACUCUAGCCACUCUGUGGAAAAGGAGAAGAAACGAAAGGAAUCUGCAGAUACUGUCAAAGAGAAGAAAGAGAAGGACUCCACGGACAGCAGUAGAGACCGAAAAGAUUCCUAUGAGUUCACUAAAGAAAGAAAGGACUUGAAAAUCAAACAGGAGUCCAUAAGAGACGAUUAUGGGAAUGAUGCCUCCGUCAAAGAAAUUGAAACUGUCAGCAAACCAUGUGAAAUUAGAGAGAGGAACCACUCUGGAAAAGAGAAGGAGAGAAAGGGAGAUGGGGUGGAAAAGAGAGAAAAGACAAAAGCUGACAAACACAAGGAAAAGCCUAAAGACCGAUCCAUAGAACAGGACAAGGAGAAGCCUGAGAAGACCUCAACUGAGAAGCUUUUGAAAGAAAAGGACACAGACAGAGGCUCUAAAGACAAGAAGGAGGGAGCUAAAGACAAACACAAAGACACACACAGCAAAGACAAGGACAGGAAGGUGUCUUCAGAACAAACUAAGGACAAGAAAGAAAAAGCUUCACAGGACAAGCAUGCUGACCGGGAUAAAGAUGUCCUUGAGGUGAAGAAGGAGGAAAGGAAACCUGAGAAAGUUAAACCUGAGAAAACAUGGUACAAGAUAGCAGACAUUUUCACAGAUGAAAGUGAGGAUGAAGAAGACAAUUACAAUGGGGGUGUGGCCAAGUUAAGUGAUUCCCUUGGGUUGUCUGAUUCUCACAGGAAAGACUCCACAUCUGACAGGGAUGAGCUUGAUCACUUCCAAACGGAAAAACCCAGAAAAUAUUCUGCUGAGGCCAAACACACAACAGAAAAACAGAAAGAAAAAGACCACAAGAAAAAAGACAAGACCACAUUUGAUAUGGGAAAAGAGAGGAAGGGUUCCUUGGAGAAACACAAGAAAGAUAAGGAUUCUGUUGAUGCAAAACACAAGGAACGCAAAGACAGAAUGUCUGUGGACUCAAACCAAGAGAAGAAAAACAAGCAGAAGCUGCUGGACAAGAGGGACGUCAAUGAGGAAAAGACCAAGAGUAAAUAUAAAGACAAGCAAGAUUAUGUUAACGACAGAAAGCCCUCAAAGGGGAGUGGGGAAAAUGAAAAGUCGCUCUUGGAGAAGCUGGAGGAAGAGGCCAUGAAUGACUACAAGGAUGACUCCAAUGACAAGAACAGUGAGUUAUCCUCAGACAGCUUCACUGAUCAGGGUCAUGAGCCAGUGCUCAGCAGCUACUAUGAUUCCUCCAACAUCAGCCUUCCAGACAUUACUGAUGAGAGACGAGACUCACUCUCCAUAUCUAAUCCUCAAGACAAGUUCAGAGAGAAAGAGAGGCACCGGCAUUCAUCUUCAUCGUCGUCCAAAAAGAGUCAUGACAAGGAGAAGGACAAAGUCAAGAAGGAAAAGGGGGAUAAACAAGACAAGAUUGAGGAAAUAAGAGAAUCCUAUGGACGCAGAGAAAGUCUGCCCUUCGAGAAAGAGCCUAUGCCAUUAGAAGCGGACCCUUAUACAUUUCCAUUUGGGUCUAAGGGUGAUAAAGAUGAAUUUGAUAAGACAUUGGAGUUUGAAAAGGAGAUGUCUAAAAAAGCUGACAAAGACAAAUUGAGUACUGUCAUCAGUGAUAAGAUCAAGGACAAAAAGAAAAAAGAGAAACAUAAGGAGAAAGUCAAAGAGGAGAAGCACAAGUACACAGAUGGCUUUGGAUCACUUAAACACUCAAAGGAGGAGAUUAAAUGUGGAAUGAAAGAGAGUCCUCAAAUUACCAAUUUGAAGGAAAGAUCAAAGGAAGACAGUCCCAAAUUUGAUGUGAAAAAAGAAAGAAUUCGAGACUCUUUGGACAAAGACAGUAGGGCGGACCAUGUUAAGUCCAAGGUUAAAGAAGAAAAUGAAAAAGUAAUUCAGUCUAAAGAAACAGCUCGCAAAGACAACCGUCCACGUUCAAAGCUUCUGGUUGAUGGGGAUCUCAGACUAACCAGCUUUGGGCAAAUGUUAGGUUUAAAAGACCAGGAGAUUGAAGAACGCCAUAAGAAGCAUAAGGAGAGGAUGAAGCAGAUGGAGAAACUAAGACACAGAUCAGGGGAUCCCAAACUUAGGGAUAAAACAAAGUCCACUGAGGAAAUAAAGAAAAAUCGCAAUGAACUAUCAUCCAAAAAAUCUAAUAGUUUAGAAUCUGCAUUGAAAGAGAAGAAGCUCAAAGAUAUUGGUCUCCCAGCCCAAAUGAUGUCUCCGGAAAGAAAGCCACAACCCAUUGACACUCAAAAUUCAAAGGACUGGCUUGCAGGCCAUCAGAUGAAAGAAAAUCUCCCUGCAUCACCUAGGCAAGAACAGAAUAGACCAACGGGUGUUCCCACCCCCACAUCUGUAAUCUCUUGUCCCAGCUAUGAGGAAAUCAUGCAGACGCCACGGACUCCAUCCUGCAGUGCAGAGGACUACCCUGAUAUAAUGUUUGAUGGGUUAGAUUGUCAGAACUCAUCAGCCAUGGCCAUGUCUAUGAAUGCCUGCUCACCAUCCUUCUUUGACAGGUACUCCAACUCAUCACACACCUUCCAAGAAGGGACUUGUAUAACUCCGGCUAAGAAUCUCCAGUUGCCCCUUGUCAGUCGAUCGGCUUCGUCUGAUGUUAGAAGACCCCUGGAAGAGGAGUUCAAAGCUGAAGCUGGCAAGUUUCUACAACACAUUUUGCCAGACGCCUCUGAGUUUGACUUGGCAGCCUCCCAGCCUCCAGAAGACAAGGCAGCAUCAGUGGAGAGACUUGAAUGCCUGUCUCCUCCUUACUUCUCACCUAUUAGAAUGCUGUCUCCCGGGCUGGAACUUGACGAACCUGCACUAGAUGGGGCCACCACAGCAAUGGCUGGCACAGAGACUUGUGAACACCUACCUGAGAGUGUCUACAACAACUUCCUGAUGAAGCCCUCAACGCCAGUCCACAGACCUGACCCCCAGGAGCCGUGUCUGGACAUUGCUGCUCCACCCACCCCUGCACCUGCUGCUCUUCCUCCCCUGGAUAUUGAUGACCUUUCUGAGCCUCAUCAAAGUGAGCACAGUCUUGUUCCCUCUGACCCAGUCAGUGGCAGUGAGUAUCUGCCCCCUGUUGUGGAGGAGGAAGAAGAGGACUAUGAAGAAGAGGGGGAGGAAGAAGAAGAAGAGGAGGAGGAGGAAGGGGAUCUUGAAGAACCAACAGAUUCUGAUCAUCAUGCUGCUGAGGAGACGAGGGACGUCUGCUCAUUCUCUCCUCCAAGAGUUGAAGAGCCUUUGAGGAAGAGCUGGGCUGAAUCUCCAGACAGAAGAGUUACAGAGGUGCAUCAGUUGACUCCCCCACAUCCACCACCCAACCAGGUGAACUCCAGUGAUCAUACCAUCAGCUGGAACUCUGAGAUGAUUUUGAAAUCUCCUCAAAGGACUUAUGGGGAAAUAGAGGCAGCGGUCUCCAAGAUAACCAGCCCCUUCUCGCAUUCAGACAGUGAUUUGCAGCACAUUACUGCCAUACCUGGCCAUCCAUCAGUGACCCCUCCAUAUGCUGCUUACAGGUCUUAUGUGCCUGACCCUGACUUUGACGAGCAAAAAGAGGCUGUGGAGGACAUUCCAAUUUCUCCAGCAAGACCUGAAAUGACACCCAUGGAAUUGGAACCAAACUACUUGACAACCACCUCAUCCUCCACAAGGUUAGAGUCUUUCUUCACAGACUGCAAGCCAAACUUGGAGGAUAAUCACCAGAUGGACUCAGAGCUUUCUUGUGCAGUACAAGUCGGCAGGCAAAACUCCCAUGGCUUUACUUCUGAGAGCCAUAUGCCUCUAGCAGUAAGCAACGAGCCAGUGGUGCCCUGGACAGACCCAUUCUCAGCUACAGUGGAUGAGCUGGAUGAUCUUGGCCCUUUCUCUCUACCUGACCUCCCUUCUCUCUCCCUCCCGACCUCCCUGCCAGACAAGGAGAUGCCAGAGCUUGACGUCAGAGAUGCAAAGCCAGCCGACUACAAGCCUCCAUCUGCUCAUAUAAGGCCUCCUGCUAUUGAAACAAUAGAGGGCGAAGAGCUUAUGGAGGUUGACCUGCCUAUCCUGGCCAAACCCCUGUGCCCUCCCGAGGUCCUAACACUCAAUGAUUCUUUGCAUGAUUUGGUUGUGCCCUCACCAAAACACAAUUUCCAACCAGAAUUUGAGUCUGAGCCUCAGAAUGUCCCUGAAAUUAACUUAGUGAAAACACAGGUCUUUGAAAACAGAGCCACAUAUGAAGAGACUGAUGAGGGCGAUGGAAACAUGUUCUCAGCUAUUGAUACAAACAAUACCCAGCAUCACAAGCAGAUGUCACUGACCGAGUCUUUAUCAGUUGUAAUUACUCCAUGUAUGGACUCCUUGACAACUGUUAAACCAGAACAAAGUGGGCAGGUAUCAGAUCCCUUUGUUGGGCCAACUUGCAGUCCUGUCCCCUCAGUUCCUCUGCCAGUUGCUGUCACGAUUUCUGGAACAGUCCAUGUUUCGGAGGCUCUUGAGACCACGUCUAAGCUCACGGUCACUCUGACAACGUUGUCAACUGACCUUCCCAAGAAGGUGGAGGAGAUCCCACAGAGGAUGACCAGAAACAGGGCCCAGAUGCUGGCAAAACAGGAGAAUACCACCACCACAAAAAAGCCGAGUAGUAGAGUAGUAGCAGAGAGUACAACCACCAGCAUUAUACCUUCUAGCGUGAUACCUCCAUCUGUCCCUACCCCUGUCGCCAUGAGCAUGGCUGUAACCACAACCACCCCUAUCCUCACCCCUACCUUUGUCCCCUUUGUUGUUCUGGAGAAAGAAAAGGAACUUGUCACCACCAUCUCCACCACACCAACCAUUACCCCGGCUCCCCCUCCGCCGCUUCCUGUAGUGGUCAGCAAAACUAAAGGGCGGCCUGUGGAGGAAGAGGAAUCCCAGACGCAGCAUCCACGCAAGAGGAAGUUCCCGAAACCGCAGGUUCAGCUGGUCAACACAGCCAUGCAGCAGACCAGGGAGAUGAUUCAACAGACACUGGCUGUCAUUGUCAAUGCCAUCAAACUGGAUGACAUAGAACCCUACCACAGUGACCGCUCUAACCCUUACUUCGAAUACCUGCAGAUAAGGAAAAAAAUAGAGGAGAAGAGGAAGAUCUUGUGCUACAUCACACCACAGGCCCCUCAGUGCUACGCUGAGUAUGUGACCUACACAGGCUCCUACCUGCUGGAUGGCAAGCCUCUCAGCAAGCUGCACAUCCCAGUGAUUGCUCCACCUCCAUCGUUAUCGGAGCCCCUGAAGGAGCUCUUUAGACAGCAGGAGACAGUGAGGGGGAAGCUGAGACUGCAGCACAGCAUAGAGAGGGAAAAGCUUAUUGUCUCAUGUGAGCAAGAAGUACUGCGGGUCCAUUGCAGAGCGGCAAGGACGAUAGCCAAUCAGGCCGUCCCAUUCAGUGCCUGCACAAUGUUACUGGACUCUGAGGUGUACAACAUGCCAACAGAGAGUCAGGUGCGUCUGUGGGUGGUUAAAAAGGGUGAUGAGAACAAGUCAGUGAGAGAUCGCUUCAACGCUCGCCAGUUCAUUUCCUGGAUCCAAGACGUGGAUGACAAAUAUGACCGCAUGAAGACGUGUCUGUUAAUGCGGCAGCAGCAUGAGGCAGCUGCCCUGAAUGCAGUGCAGAGGAUGGAGUGGCAACUGAAGGUGCAGGAGCUGGACCCUGCUGUACACAAGUCUCUGUGCGUCAACGAGGUCCCCUCCUUCUACGUGCCAAUGGUUGACGUCAACGAUGACUUUGUGCUGUUGCCCGCGUGACAGAAACAUGCACUCGUUCACAGAGUUAGAGGUCAAAUAUCAUCACUUUUCAAAGAGACAUCAAACAGAACGUAUGGUAAGGGCUAGCCGGUUUGAAGAGGAAUAAAACCUAUAUAUUAUAUAGAAAAAAUUCAAAGAUAAAAAAACUUGCUAAUGAUUCCCUUCCAUGAGAGGAAGAUGCAUCUUUUUACUGGGGAAAAUCACAACUUGCACUUUCAUCCCUCAAGUUUUUAUGCUUUUGUUCAGAAUAUAAAAAGCAAAACUGCUUUGCUUUGAAGCACCCAACACCACCUCCCUUUUAGGUGAUGUUUGGACAGAGAGUAGGGGAUAAGAUAUAGAAAUAUUUUUCUGAAUUUUUUGGUCCCCGUAAAAUCAAACAACAAAGGAACGCUGGAGAGGAGCCCUCCCACCAUUCUGGAUCAUCUCCUGGUGGAUGAGAAUGAGGCACCACAGUGGACACAGAGCUCCAGGUGAGCCUUGAGGAGGAGAACGCAGCACAUGGCCAGAAGGGCAAGCAUGCGUGAUGUGGUGGUGCAACAAGUAAUAUCUGCGGGACCUCCAGCCUCUUCCUGUUGAAAGGACAGGAGGGUCUGUGUGGACGCUGUCUCUCUGGUCGGAACCAUAUGGCCACACUCAGUAAGAGAGCUUCAGUCCCCUCUGUCCACAGCCCACCACCACACCCGGUAGAACCAGCAUCCUGCCCCGGAGCAGAGUACAGCCAAGGGUCCAUAGUGUGUCGGGGGUUAAUGUCGGAGGGGAAGAGGCGGCAUCUUCCGCCUAAUGGCCUGGACAGAGGAGUGAGGCAGAGAAUGGGGAUGAACCGGAGCAUCCCCACUAGAGUCUGGUCACCUGGUUCUGCAUGCAGGAAGAACCAGCCUCUGACACUCUGCCAAGAUAGGUAGAACACACAUACCUGUUCACCUGCAACUAUGACUGCAAAUGGAAAAACAGGAUAAAAGAAUAAUACAAGAAUGUUGCGAUUCAAGACUAAACAGAUGGUGGUUUAGAGGAGAAUAUUCUUCUUUUUGUCUUUCUUUACUUGGGCAUUUAAUUGUUUCUGAGGAAGUGACUUGAAACACUACAGAGCCAAUAUUAGUUUAAUGGGAAAAAAGAAAACUGAAAAAAAAUGGUAUUCCGUAAAUGAUGUACAGUUUUUAUAUUCGUUAACCAAUGUAUUCUUGCUGCCUUCUAGAUAAUUUAUUUUGCCACACAUUACUGCACAGUUGUAAAUAACGUAUGUACUGUAACAUCACUCAGUUAAGUGUAAAAAAAUAAAUGAAUAAAAAUUAUCUUUGUAUGUACAGUUCACUUUCGGGCAGCACUUUCCCCCUCAUACCCAUGGGCCAAAAUGUGCACACGUUGUCAGUAUUUUAAAGACUCCAGUGCACAGUAACGUUCCCAUCUAUAGGUUUUGUCCAGGGCUGGUCAAAAUAAGUUACCUGUGUUGGUAUCACCACAACAUACAUAGGUAGUACAAAACCCCACCGUAUUGAACAAUGCCCAAACUAAGGGCCACAACUAUAGUCCUCAGAUGUAGCAAAAUGGUUAUACAAUGAUUUAAAGAAUAGAUUAGUUAUAUUAGUCAUUGCUUUAUUACACAAUUAUAUCUGAAAAAAAUCUCAACCAAGAAAAUGCCUUUUUACAGUGAAUAUUUUUUUAUUUACUCGGUGUUGGGCAAGUCAAACAAGGGUACGUACAUCUGGAUUGGUCAAGAAAGAAAUGCCACUAACAAGCAAAACCAUCACAUUAUUUUGUCAUUCUGGGUGGGAUUUUCUUUUUGUUUUUGUUUUUUAAAAUGUCAUCUACCCAUUUAAUUGGACUUUAAUUGUAUGUUUGGGUCUUUAGGAAUAAUAUUCAUCCAGACGUUGGAGAACUUUCAGGCCACAAGACUUGGGAUCUGACAGCCAACUCAAUCAUUUGAAAUCCUUAACUUCCCUUUUUGAAUGUCACUGUCAUAGGCAUCAUUUACAGGUUAACCGUUUUUCAGGCCACAUCAGAUUGGCAUUGUUGUUCCUGAUCUCUACCGUAUACCACCUAAAACUACUUAACUAAAGAAAUGUUUAGAAUCUUAAUUUUUAGCAAAGCUGUUUAUCCACAAGAUACAGGCCACAUUCCAUAUUGGUUUUAAAAAUGAAUUAUUGCUUUAAUUAUGGGAUGUGUUAGCUUCCAAACUCCCUGGGUCCAUACUUGCGAACAUAAGAUGUAUUUUUGUAAGUAAGAAAAAUGUUCUCUCAAAAUGCACAUCUGCCAAUUCAAAUCUUUGACGUAGUUGCAUGUGAUAAAAUGCUCCAUGUUAGCUGUUCCCAUUACAUAACCUGACACAUUUAGCCCUAUGCUAACCUGACCCGAAGGCAGUGAUUAUGUCAGUUUACAAAUUCUGCAUCAGCCAAUUUCAAAUCUUGACUUGGAAUGCAAUUAGAACCCUUUUCCAUGAGAGCAUCCUUAACAGAUGUCAACCGGUACCAUCUGCUAAUCAAAGUUUUAAAAAACACACAUGAAGUUUCAACUGGACCAAUAGCUCAAUGUAGUGAGCCUGGCUCCUGGUCAUUUGCAACUGUCUGCCAUUUCUCAGAAUGGUGCUUGUUAAACCUCAAAGCCUUUGGAGGGGAGUUUAACAUAUGGAAUUGUUUUAAAAUGGUCAUACCGUGGAUUAUUUAGCUAUUUGAUUUAGAAUUUUAGGACCCCACUAGGUAUGAUAAAAUAUAGAAUUUGGGCUUCACUACUAUGCUAUAGAAACUAAUUGAAUAACUGAUUCAUAAAUGGAAAAACAGACAGUGUAAAAAAAUAAAAUGUAAAUCAUAAGGAUUAAGGUUUUGAAGUAUCUGUCCUAUAUCUGGGAGAUCAGGAAAAGUCUAUAUAUUUUUUGGGGUGACACAUAUUUAACCCCUUUUUUUGGCACAAAACUACCUCCAUAAUUCUACUUAAAUUUGAAUUACCGAUACUGGGUUACAUGUCCCGUGACAGUUGUGGGGGUUGUAGAGCAAAACUAAAACCCCAUCGUGUUCUUAAUAGUCUCAUCUUCCCAUAGUGUGGUCAUAUUAGUUUGUAGGCCAACCGUUUGGAAGCUACAGACAUUUUCGUGAGAAGACUGAUUUUCAAAAUGUCUCUUGGUCUGACAAACAGCUCUGCCACUUUCCACAGCAGAUACGGAAGGCCGACAUGGGUGGAUGUGGUGGAUUGAGAUAUAUCUCUUGCUUAAAUUGACAGAUUUUUAUUGGAAUUUUUUUUAGGUUAAUCAGAUUUGUUGCACAGGUACGUCAAUAGACUUAAGAAUUUGAAUAAAGUUUAGAUCAAAGCUGAAUCAAUGUCUCGCAAGAUCACUUAAUGAUUCAUUAGUAUUCUACAUAGGCCUAACAUACCAAAUAUAAUAGCAUAGUAUAACUUUACUGUUAGACCAAAAUCACCACUUAUUUUCAUUUUAUUUUAACAUUUUAUAUGCAUUAUAAAAAUCAUCCACAUCACAUAUUAGUUAUUUGAAUCGAGCUUUGAGGACCACUAGUAAAGUUUUUUUCCAUUGCUUUAUAUAUAUUUCCACACUGAGAUUGGAAUACAGAUAUGAUCAAAAUUAUAAUGCACUUUUAGUGUAAGAGCGGUUUGAAAUAUCAGCUGGUUUGGCUGGGUGUUUUUUUUAGACUGCCUGGUGAAUGUAAGUGUAAUAGACCAAUAACAGAGUUUGCCCUCCUCUCUGCCAAUCAUUUUGUUUUCAGGUGACGCAUCCCUCCCAUAAGGCCCCUCUGACCACUCCCAGACAGUCCUAUCAAAGUUCUUGCUGGAGAAGCUAUUUCUUUUUGACAAUCACAGUAGGGUACUUAAUUGAUACACAGAUAUUGAGAGAAAAAUGUUGCCAUUAGAUCUUCAACAAAAAAGCUUGACAUGAAGGGGCCUCUAAUUGCCUUAGCAGCAUAUGACUCCUCGCUGCGAUGGUAGUAGGGGUACAUGACGGCUAUUUGACAGGACCAUAAUGGUUUGACUUUUUUGGGCCAAUGUACGAUAAACUUAAAUGACCCUUUAUAUUUUUUUCCCCCUAAAACCACAUGGAUGUGUGUGAAACGGAUAAGCAUAAACUUGUGAUUUUGUCAUAUAUGCGAAAACAUGCCUUUUGAAUUUUGUCCAACGUUAGUAGCUAGUAGCAGCAUAGUCAAGGAUGUGUCAUGCAAUAUUGGGACGCUAUACUUUACAGACCAAGUUGAACAAAUGUAAACCUUGAAUUUGGAAGCUUAAAAUAUUCCUCUGGUGGCCAAGUUGAUCUAUAUUAAGUAAUGCCAUUGGUUGGUGGAUGUGAAGUCUGAGAUCUUUGAUAGGCUGAUGUGGAAUUUGUUACAGGAAAUAAUCACUGCCAACUGGUCAGGCUAGCAUAGGGCUAAAUGUGCCAGGUUAUGUAAUGUGCAACAGCUAACGUAGCCUUGUCAAAUACAACUAUGUCAGCGAUUUGAAUUGGCUGAUGCAUAUUUUGAGACAGAGAAAGUUUAAACUCAAAUUUUUUCUAAUGUUCGCAAGUAUGGACCCCCUCUAUUUAUCUAGUUUUGUACAGUAGUGGAGAUAAGUGUACAGUAUAAGGGGAAUACUCAAAGGGUGGAGCCAAAGUAAAGAUCAUACUCCUCUGCGAUUUUUAAAGAACUAGGUUUGACUUACAUGCCCAUGAAUGAGAUUUUUUUUAAAUUAGCCUUUUAAUCAAAUUCCUUUUUUGUUAGUCAAUAAUCCUUUUUAUGACUAAUCACUCUAAAAGCAAGUUUCAUCAUAGUUUAUUCAGAACGAUUUGGUGGAUGGUGAUAUUAACAGGCAGAUAGUUUGUUUCACUUUAGCUUCUCCAGUGUACCAAGUGUAGGUAUUUGUCAGGGGUAUCAGGAAGUUUUAAUGUUCCGUUUGAUUCAUAUUCAGUAGGCCAUCAUACUUUGCUCUAUUGUGUUGUUUACCAUGCUAAGAGUAAGGCCUAGACAAUUAUGAACCAAAAAAGCAGACUAAGUUAACUCGUACACAAAGGGGGGAAGAAUGGUGCAAAAGUGAUAGUUAAGAAAAAAAUGUUUUUUAUCCAAUUGGAAUAUUGACUUGUGAGAAUUGAUUGUUUCCUUAUUUUUGGUUGGUCCUGAUUUAAAAAAAAGAUUGAGUCUGUGAUCUGCACAUUCAUCCUAAUGGCAAUAUCAAGUGACAUUUUGUGACGUUAUGUACACACUUUCAACAUAGCUGUGUAUGAGGUGUCUAUUCAAGUGCAAUGGGUGUUGCUACUCCAGUGUACGGGCAGUUGACUAGUUGUAGUCCUGGACAUUUUGAAAGAGGAAAAUCUAGUCAUAAGGCAGUAAACGCAUAAAUAAAUGUCAUAGCACAGGUAGUCAGCGUCAUGUAGACUUCAGCAGUUUGAUUUAAGCCCUCAUUUUUUUUAUUUGAUUUAGUUUUUUAGUGCUUUUUCUGCGGGGGAGAGGGAGUUUUGUCAACAGAAUCCUCUUGUGUUUUAGAUCAGAGUGUGUUGUGUUGUCUUUUUGUCUUGGGUUUUUUCUUCUGUACGAAGCAUAAAACACCAGUGGCAUGUCAAUCACUUCUUAUGAGCAGAAUGUUUACCGUUACUACACCCCCACACCCUCAAUAUUGUUUACAAGACAUCAAGUGUGUUUCGGUUUCGUCUCUCUCACCUUAACGGUUUGAGCCCUGCCUUGAUUUCUUUAUUUCAUCAUUUAUUGAACCACAAAGGCUUGAAAUUGUGAUGGCUAAUUAGUGUCAAAUCUAACCUUAGAAUUCAAAGCUUGCAGCAAACAUACAGAGCAAUAGUUUUAACCAUUCAAAUUAUUUUUCAUUCAAAAAAAAUGUAUACAUUUGGUUGAUCAAGACAACAUCCCCUGUGAUUUUUGUCGAGACAACGGUGUCUCAUACACACAUCCAAAUAUUAUUUCCAAGCCACACCAGUGAAGAAUCAUUUAUAUUAGGAAAUGUACACCGGUCUCAUUCCCUUCUCCCCCCUACUGUGAACCACUUGGCCAUGCCCUAGAUUACCCUGUGACCUCAUCAGUCUGCAACAAGUUACCUCUACUGUGUCCAUCUGAGUGUUCAUUUAAUAUUUAACUGGACAUACUGUUAUUUUACAUAAUAGAAUCACAAUUUCAAGCCUUUUUCUAGUUUCCUUUAUUGAACAAGACAGUAGCUGAUUCAUUAGAAUGGGAAAUGACUAAUAAAGCAUGGAGAACUACUCUUUAAAUGGUGACAAAUAACCUAUUUAUUAUCUUUCUGACACCUGUGGUAUGUUUCAGUUAAAGGUCUCCGCUGUGUAAAUUUUCCUCCUGUAAUGCGUUGGAGACAUUGUACAUAGUUGUAAAUAAAUAUCCCAGGACGUUUUGCACCCUCCUCUUUGUACUAGUCUAAACUUGCGUAGAAUGUGGGGUUCUAACAGCAACGAGACGGUGCGCUCGCUGCAGGUGAUGUAACAACGUCACUUUUUUUAUUUGUACAAUGUAGUUGAAUUGUGUACAUAUUGUUGGAGCAGCUAUGGGGGAAGGGGUUUGUUGAUGCUAUCGUCAGUGCUGUAAAAGAUCCAGUACUUUCACCUCUAGCUGUGUUGAUUUCCUGCAAAAACAAAGGCGAGAAAAUUAAAAAAGACUAAACUGGUAAGAAAAAUUCUAAAUUGUUAUUUUCUACAGUUGCAUGUACAGAGAGCGCGAGAACUGCUGUUGUUCCUCAGAGAUUAUGUUCGUAAAUAAAAUUCUGAAAUAUU